AUGACGGACGACCGCCUGCAGCACCUGCUCGCGGUGCUCCCCGCGCGGAGCCUCGUGCUCCUGGAGGACGUGGAUUUCGCCGUCGGCAACAGCGCCCCCGCCGACCCGACAGGUCCAUAUGCUGGAAUAAUGCGGGUGAGCUUCAGCGGCCUUCUGAACGCGUUGGAUGGUGUCGUUGCCACCGAGGAACGAUUGGUGUUCAUGACCACGAACCAUUUCCGGCGAUUGCCUCGUGCUCUCGUGCGACCUGGCCGUGUGGAUCUGAACAUAUACGUUGGCGUGGCAACGAGGCAGCAGCUGUCCCGCAUGUUCCUCCGCUUCUUCCCGGGCCACGAGGAGUCCGCGGAGCAGUUCGCCGCCGUCUGCGAGGGUGAGGGGUUGAGCAUGGCGGAGCUGCAGGGCUUCUUCAUGUUCUUCAAGGAGGAGCCCGGCGCCGCGCUGGCGAACGUGGGGCCCUUCUUGGAGUCCCGCCGGCAGGUCAUGGCGGACCCGCAGGCUGCCCAGGCCUUCGCGCAAGGCUCGCUCGGGUCGCCGCAGGGCCCCGCCGGCGACGCGGUCACACGCGGCCCCGGCGGCCCCGCUGGCGGCGCCGACCGGCCCGCGGCGGCGGCGGCCGGCCCGAGAGCCGCCGACGCGCCGGCGGCCGCCGCCGCAGUCGAGUCAGGCAGCGGGGUCGAGGCUUUCCCAGUGGGGACGGGGAUGGCCGAAGCCGGCCUGCGCUUCCGCCGCCGGCUCGCGCGCGCGCCGCAGGCGGCCGCGCCCAGCGCGGCGGCCUUCGCGGGCCCGCGCGCGUCCGCGGCACGCGCCCCGCACCGAGAGGCUCCGGCGGCGGACAGGGGCGGCGGGUCCGACAGCGGCGUCAGCGGUGACGUCGGCGACGACGUCUUCCUCUUCCUCCCAUUCUGCACCUGCCGGCCGUCAUUCGUGGCAUUUUCGUUGCGUGGCCGCCUGCGGGAGAUCGCGGAAACCCUGAACUGCGACCUAAUCAUGCUGCCAGGGACAAGGGUGAGGGAAUGGACAGGCCGUGAUUUUCACACGGAAGAUAUUGGUAACAAGUUUACAGCGAUCCACUUCGGCUGGAUAGAUCUACCGACACAGCGGAACAUCGGCUUCAACAAGAACGUGUAUCCCUGGUUAAACAACGCAAGAUUUACAGAUUCGAGGCAGCAGAGCACUGGAAUGCAUAUGGACACCUUCCUGAUUUUACGGAUGAGUACCUUGGCGUUUUGGCUAAGAUCAAGCGCAUCUCAUGCCAACUCCGACGUUGGGCUCGACGGCGUCGAGCGGCACACCGCGAACGCCUACAUCAAGAACUGCGCGAGGCACGAGCUUUGGGCCAGCAGGCUGAAGUACGCAAGCUUGCACGCCUACUCUCUGGACGAUCAACAGGUGGGGCAGCUCCCCACCAAGUCUAGCAUCACUGAGGGGAUCCUGCUUGACAAGUCCAACGACAAGCUUGACAUGUUUAGCCAGAGGAGAUUUGCCCUGAGUCGCGUGGCACUGUUCGCAGUCACGCUAGGCAUCUGGGAGCUCGACAUCAUAUCAUCGACUACUUUCGCCACCUGCAAGACGAGCAUCUACCUAGACCUCUUCCGACACUAUUUUACCAUGCUUGGCGCCCUGGCGGCACUGACUGGAUCAGCGGCGGGCUCGGGCGGAGACGGGGGCCAGGGCCUUCGCGACGAGAGGAAGAAGGGUCGCAUCGAGGGUGGCACGAAAGAGGAGUCCAAGCAGAUCGCCGAGCAGAUCCCCGACAAGCAGAAGAAGCUCUUCGCACUCAUGCUGAAGCAGAUCCUCAGCGAACAGACCGCGGCCUACGCCGCCGAGACCAAGUCAAAUGGCAAAGAGCACACCCUCGGACCUCCGCAUAUAUAUGCGAUGGGCGGGCUCAUCAAGGGACUCCUGACGUACGGAGACAGCCUCGGAGCCCAGAACCACACCGACCUCGCGGCAGCAUGGAAGGAGUACGACGGGUACUCAGUCGAGCAGAAGUGCGAGCUAAUUCUAUUCUGCCGCCAGGACAAGGUCUUCCAGAAGGAACGUCGCAGGAUCACCUUCGCCACCAGGGACGCGAAGUUCCGCAGUAUUCUCCUGGCCUGCUUCUCCCAAGUGCCACAGACGACACGCAAGUACGGCAGAGCCCCAGCAUCAUUCAUGGAGCGGGAGAUCCAGACCUUCCUGGAGGCCUUCUGCGUCCUGUCGGUGGCCAGCCUCCACCUCGUGAUGCAGGGUCGUGGAGCCGUGGACCGCCCGCGCUACCUGGCCCAGUGCAGCCAGUGGGCUCCACCAGUGGCGGCAGCCACGGCAGCCACCUUCGGCGACGGCAGUGCCAACCCUUUCGCUCUUUCGACCGACCAGCUGUUCGAGGCCCUGCUGCGCCGCGCCCCGCAGCAUGGCGAGCGCCUGGCAGCGCUCAAGAGGGAGUUCGAGGUCGCUCCGCCGCCAGCUGCCGCCGCCCCAGUCAAGCCCAGCCUUGAGCGCGAGCGAGAGGCACAGCGGCUGGCAGUGGCUGCGCGCAAGGCUGAUGAGUCCCUUGCGAAGGCGAUCGCUCACGAGCAGGAGCGCACCGACUGGCUGGCACGGGCUCAGGCUGCUGUGGAGCAGGCUGCGCAAGAUGCAGCGGAUGCCAGGCUGGCCCAUGAGCAGCAGUUGGAGCAGGACCUCCAGCGCCUCAAGAGUCGAGAAGGUGCUGCACCUGCUGCCGCUGCCGCCGUCCCCAAGCCCAAGCUCAACCUGUCCAGCUUUCUCGACGAGGGCGACGAGCUCGGGCAAUUGUUCGAGUUCGAGGACGGCGAGGCUUUCGACUUCGCCGAUCUUGACCUGGCCAAGGAGGACAUCGAGGCAUGGCAGAAGCACAAGAUCUCUUUGGCACAGGAGAUCAAGCAGGCGAUCAGCGCUGCGAUUGGCCCAGCGGCUGCUCAGCUGGGCGCUCGCAGACAGCAGUUCAAGGAGUUCAAGGCGAGGCAGCUGCUGAAGGUAAGGACCGUGUUGAGGAGCAGCCUGCAGGUGGAGACCAGCCUGCUGCCCCUGCCGCAGGCGACGGUCAGGCAGCGCCUUCUGCUGGGCAGCGCGCCGCGGCCUCGGCAGCAGCCCCUGCCGCCGCUGCUGCAGCAGCGCCUCCCUCGCAGCCCCAGGAGGCGGCGGCAGGAUAUUUUGGGCACGCUGAAGCAGCACAAAUGGCAAGGUAUUGUUUCUCCAGCAUACCCCACGACCUACGUGAAGAAGGCAGGUGGCAUUGGUCUGGGUAUCCGUCAGCAUCUCUGUUGGUCUUCUCAUCGCCACUUGUCGGACGACCCUGACAACGCGAUCGGCUUAGUUGACGUCAGCAGCAAGCAGAAGCUAUCGGGGCCCUUGUCCUUCAAGGAUGUGGUGGCGGUCGAGUGGAAGAUCGCCAGAGUCCCGCUGCUGGUGAUAGGCGCUUAUUUGACUGUCUCAGUGGGGCUGGAAGCACCCAUCAAUGUCGCAAAGCUUCUCACCAUAUCGGCGCUGUUGGACAAUCAUGCUGGGCCUUGGACCAUCAUGGGGGAUUUCAACGCUACUCCCCUGGAGAUGGCCACUUGGAUUCGUAAGUGGAAUGGACAUUUUUACCACCCUCCUGGCAUCACCCACACGUCCACGAGGGGCAAGGGGCAGCGAAUUAUCGACUAUGCUGUGGCCUCUCAGGCCAGCACCUGCACGAAAUACCCAGAGGAGGCGCGCAAGUUUUUGCAUCGAGAUUUUUUCGGCUUCGACUCCGAGGCGCUUCAGCAGAUGUGGCAGUCGCAUAUUUAUGACCAUAAGGUUUCCGAGGUCAAGCCUGAAGCGCAGGACUGCCACCCAGCCAAGUACUUAGAAUGGACGGUUGAAGAUCUGGAUAAGCUUUGGACCACCAUUGACAACAACACUCUCCAGCACCGUGAGUGGACCCUACCGCCAGAUUGGAUACAAGACAGCCUCUCGUAUAAGUACGAUCCCGAGACUGCCAUCGAGCUGGGAUCAGACUACGGAAGAUUUACGUCAGUUUUUGAGAAUUUUCUGUGUCGUGUACUUGAGGUCGCUGCAGCUCUGGAGCGUAAGGCGGCCAAGGAGAGUCACAGCGCUUUUCAAUCUUGGAUUCGAGAUUCUUUUGCGCAAGGCUGUGGGAAGUUGCAUCGGCACGUGAAGCCCAAGACGCGCGUUGAGACAGAGUACCGCGACCUGAAAGGAAGUUCCACGAGCCUCAAGGAGAUUUUGGUCCAGAAGAGUCAGCUUUGGCAACGCAAGUGGGCAUCCAAAAUUUUGUCAGUGCAAAAGCUUUUUCAACUCCUUCGACGGGCUCACGCUAAGGCAGCAGCGCAACCUUGGCCAGCUCUGGAGCCUGAGCAGAUCGCCAUCACCGUCACGCAGAUUAACUCCAGCAAGGCGGCAGGCAUCGAGCAGUUGGGCGGUACCCUCAAGUAUUUACCUCCAGCUGGCAUUGCUCACUUGACUGGGUUUUUGAAUGAAUGCGAACGGCGAGGAGGCUGGCCUUGGCAGAUUCAGACUGCCAUUGUUGCUCUGUUGAGGAAAGGCGCUGACUCUGAUCGUUCAAUUGGUCUGAUCCCAGAUUUGAUACGCUUGUGGAGUUCAGCAAGACAGAUUUUUCCUUCUGAAUGGGUCGAGCAGAUGGCUGGCAAGUGGGACAAUGCGAUCAGAGGUUCUUCUUGCUUGCGUGUUGGACUUUUACGAGCCUUCACUGACGAAGCCGUCAGCAUGGGGCCCAAGCACACCGUCUCGGCCAGCCUACUGUGGGACAUCGACAGCUUCUACGACUCGUUAGAGUACGAGCGCCUGUUCGAGCAGGGCUUGGCCCUGGAUUUUCCGCCUUUGCUGUUGCUGAUGGAAGGGCUGGCUCAUCUUAUAGUUAGAGUUUUUCGGGGAGCAGGGUGCUAUUCGCCACCAGUCCAGGCCAACAAGUCCAUCAUUGCAGGAGCUCGUAGAGGGGUCGAUUUUGGAAGAUUUUAUCUCUACAGUAUCCUUGAAGCUGUGUACAACAAGUACUCACCGUCGGUCAAUACGUCGUCUUGGGUAGAUGAUAUCACUCAGUAUGCGUACGGGUCCGUCAGGUUCCUCUCCCAGGCGCUCACCAAGGCUGGGGUUCUCUUGGGCAGGCUCUGCAACAAGGCGCACUUGAGCAUCGCAAGCAAGAGCAAGAUCAUCGCGGGGGACCCUGGCUUAGCAAAGGACAUUGCGCGCAAGUUGGCACAGCACAAUAUUAAGAUCACUGCUUGGCGCAGAGCUAUAGGAGGCACGUUCGCGAUGUCGGUCCGUGGCCGGUGCCUCGACACUCUUUUGCAGCUGGAGCUUGGAGAUCAAGAUCCAGCAAUCUCGCAGGUUUUUAAGAUGCUCGACAGCUGGAUGGCCAUUCUUGCGUCAGGAGCUGAAGCACGAGCGUUUGCAGCACGGGACUGGUCGCAGCACGUGGCUAAGGCGGACAUUCUUGUGCACAGCCACGGCUUCUUUCCCGACGGCACUGACCUGAUCAUCGGUGCAGGUGAUGCCUCGGGGGGUAAAUACUCGGAUCAGGCCAGAUUCAGGAGAGUGUCUUGGGCUUAUGUCGUCUUCGAGGAGUUCGAUUUAGGAAACCCAGCUCCGUCCCUGGCCUCGCCAAGGGUUUCCUCGGGAGCCACAUGGGGACCCCAGACUAUCAACCACGGCGAGAUGAUAGCGCUCUUGAGGUUCCUGGAGGAGGCCCCUGUGGGCCGACUGCUUGUAUUCGUCACGGACUCGUCGUACGUCCAGAAAAACGUCAAUAAGGUCCUCUUGGAUUUCUUCCCUGCUGGAUUUAGGAACGAGUGGCGUCGAAUUCAGCGGCUUCUUCGAAAGAAGCCGACCGUUAUCAUCAAGAUCGAGUCGCACAUGACUCCCGAGCAGGCUGCAGAGAAAAAGGAGCUUGUCUUUGCUUGGGUUGGGAAUAAGGCAGCUGAUGAGUUGGCCGAGCACACGGCCAAGAACAUACAGCUGCAGGCGGGGGAGGUGGAGGCGGUCCAGAUUUCUGAGGCGCGCGGCGCCCCCCGUGGGCAGCGGACAGCGAGGGCCGCCUUCUUCCCGAUGCCCUGGGGAGCGGCAGCGAUAUGUUCCGUGUUCAAGGCCCGCGAUUGGAUGAUGUGCAAGCUGGGUGGGUUGAUGGGCAUCUUCGGCAUGCUGCAGUGGUGGCGAGAGCUCGAGCAUGCUCACACCGAAUUUCAGGCAAGCGUCCAGAUCGCUCAGGGAGUUCCUCAUGAGGUUGCCGAUGAUGUUGGACGAGUCGCCCCCGAGAUGUAUCACGAGGCCUCGCCCGCCGAGCAGCCCGUGGCCCUCCCCGACCUCGCCGCCCCGGCGGCCCUGGCCGCCCCGGCGGCCCCCCUGGCAGCGGAGGCCGCGCCGCCGGCCGCGCCGCCGGUGGCGCCGGCAGUGCCAGGCCUCAGCGAGGCCGACCUGAUCGUGAAGGUCUCCACCGACAGCAAGACGGGCCAUGUCCGACAGGCCGGAGAGGCAGGCGCGCGAGGCCUCAUGGCGCAGAGGUGCAGCGUCAUCCUCGGCCAGAUGGCCAGGGACGGCUGGGAGGUCACCGAGGUCGCUGCCUCGGGGGGCGAGUUCCAGGUGGUCCUGCCGGCCGUGCGGUACGAGACGCCGCUGGCCGUCGUGACCAUGCCAGCCCCGCGUUUCCAGUGUUUCACGUACGACUCCGACCUGACUGACGGAGACUACAAGGAGCGACUCGUCGGAGACCUCAUUCUGACAAACGGCACGGACAUUCUCAACGUUGAGUUGAGGUUCCCGAACAAGUCCUUCUCGAUCACCGCAGCGGGCUGGGCGAGGUGCCACGUCGGCCACGAGCUCGACCGCACGCGCAUGCAGGUGGACGUCGAGAUCGGCGUGCAGCUCCCGAGGGUGCCUGGCUUGACGGCCGUGAUGGACUACUUCAUCAAGACCGCCCGCGACAGCAGGACUGCGUCAACGCACUGGCGACGGGCGCCGAGGAGAUCGCGGCGCGCGAUGCCCCCUGACGGCCAGCCAGAGCACGGCGGCCUCGGGCCCGUACCUUCACUCCGGCGGUGA